AUGGACUUUUCUCCUGAGAAAUUUCAACUCCUCCUAGAGGGCUGGCUAUUAGCUUACUGUCAUGUUAGGUAAAUAGAUAUAGUAAUAAACCAGGGACCGUUUAUUCAAAAGGCGGUUAGCAUAUUUCUCAGAAGAGAAGCAUCAAAGCAAACUUUCCAACCAGCUUUGUUCAUGAACUUGAAAAUGUUUUUUCCAGAAAUCUUGUCAGGAUCAUUUGAAGUUAAUUUUCUAAAAUUUUAAAAUAUAUGGUCGUGCCGAAACAACGUGGCAAUCACAGGAAAAAAAAUAAAUUUCCAUUAAUGGGUUUUUGAAUGGCUUUUAGACAUUUACUAUGUAUUCUAGGAAUGCAAAACUCUUACCAUUAUUGGUUAUUACACUGAGAUUUCCCAUAUGCAUGGUAAAUUGGUAAAAACCAUGAUGUUUAAUAGGUAAAUAUUAAACAUCAUGGUUUAAACUAAUUUACCAUCGAUAUGGGAAAUCUAUAAUAACCAAUAAUGGUAAGAGUACAGCUUUUACACUCAUAAACCAUUAAUGGAAAGUUCGAUAUUUUUGAAACCAAAAUGGCUCUCCUUUUGUCGCUUGCCAACAUUUAUAUAAACAAACAUGGUUUCCCGGAUCACAUUUCAGGAAUCACAAAAAUGUAUUUCAAUAUUUGUUUGCAAUGUUAUGCUUUGCAUUAUUGUUUUAUUUUUGUUUGCUUCAUCUUUAGAGGCGGAGGGGAACUGGGUCGAAAAUGGUAUCACAUGGGAAGACAGACAAACAAGAAUAAAACUUUUGAAGUAUUUAGAACUUUGCUUAAGUGCUUAUGUAACCACAUGGGGAAGUUAGAUACAUGUUGGAAGUGAUGGGGAAAACCAACUCAAUAAACAAGAAAAACAGACUUUGGCCGGAAAACGAGAGAAUCACAUAUCCAAUUGUGCUUUUUUUCCGUUGUUAAGAGCGUUCUUGGCUCUAUCAUUUGGAAAAUUUUGCAGCGAAUAGGCCUGCAUAUCAGGAACUGUUUCGUAGGAUUUUGUUUCUAUCUAUCAGUUUCCUAGCCUGAGCACACACUUAUUAAUCAUACUAUACAGUUUGUAAACAGGUUAACAAUUUUCUCGCUAACAAAAUUCGACUAGUUUCUCGUCUAUAAUAUUCUGCUGAGAAGGCGAAAACCAAGUGGAAAUUCUCUAUUUUUUUUUGACUGACGAAAUCCAUUAUCCAAUGGCUUUAUAAAACAUAAUUUAUAAGAUGUUGAUCCAUUUUCAGGAUUUUGAAGCUUGUAUAACAGGCAUUCAUGAACAAGGAUAUUCUUCACCUCAUUUAACUGCAGUUAUUGGAACCAGUGCUGGUGGACUGCCUGUAGCAGUUCUCUGUAAUCAUGCACCACAUCUCGUAAAAGCAGCGGUAUUGAAGGUAUGUAAUAUGUUGUAAUGAUAGAAAAUUGACAGAUACGUUGUUGUGUUGUGUUGAGUUGUGUUGUGUUGUGUUGUGUUGUGUUGUGUUGUGUUGUGUUGUCAUGCCAUUACCAGUGUUUUAACUCGUUCUUUAGUAAACACGAUUUCUAUAUUAUCUUGUCUUUUAUUAUUCUAAGAAACGGUCGUAAAGCUUGCUGAUAGAGGAAUAUAAGAGUAACUGUUGUGUUAAAUGCUGUGACCUUCUUAUUCGUGUCGCAUUUUCCCAUGUAAUGUAAUGUAGUGUUGUGUUUUACUGUUAUUUAACAAUUAUUCGCCGAAGGCGAGGUGAUUAUCGGUGAAUAAAAACUGAGACGAAGUCGAGGUUUUUAUUCACGAUAAUCACCGAGCCUGAGGUGAAUAAUUGUUUUGGUAUAAUUUCAUAGGUGAUUAUUUGGGAAAAAAAUAAGAAAAUACACAUUUCUUCGUCAUUAAAUUGACAAAAAGGCUUCGGCCGCCAUUUUGAAAAUCGCUUAGAUGAUUAUCGCGUAAUAAUCACCUCAAAGGCAACCAAUCGGCGUGGAGAAUUUUCAAUAAUCACCUAUGUAAUCAUACUAAGAUUAUUUAGUCAACAUAUUCUGCGUUCCUAGGUUCCUUUUGUAGAUUUGAUGACUGCAAUGUUAGAGGAAGGAUUACCACUCACUGCCCAAGAAUACGAAGAAUUCGGAAAUCCUCGGUAA